GUCACAAUUGGUUACUUGUUUCAGCUUGUUUCUUCCUGUGAAGUCGCAACACAUCCGUUCCUUAUGGAAAGCUCCCCACCAUCCAGUUUGCAUUCAAAGUCGCUGCAUCGUCUGAACAAAACUGUCUUCACGCGCGGAGAUGCUCUUGAGCGCUUGCCAGGCCCAGACGAAGAAUUUGACGAUGUCGUCAAUGCAACCGGUGUACCGCUCGUCUUCAAGCGCCAUGCUCUCACGCAAUUCGCUCGUUUGCUUGACUGCCACCAUGCGCUUAUGUUUCGCCGACCUCCAGGCUGGGGACUGAACUUUUUCGCUUCUAUGGUCUCGGCUACAUUCGACAGAGACUAUGAUCAUAAAGAUGAUCCGUUUCAGGUUUUAGUUGGAGAAGAGUGGGACCGUCAUUUGCAUCGCCAUUUUGUGCUGGACCUCGACUUCACGCGUCUUCCCUGUGUGGCGGACUUUCACACGGAGUUUCAUGCGUAUCUGAAGAAGGAGUGUCGGGACUUAGUCUCUCGAUACCGUCUCGAGAAGCAGAUUGGCUCACCAAGUCUCUAUCGAGUUCCUCAAGAAAAACCGGAAAAGUACAUCUCUCUUCUUGCGAUGGCUCUCAGGCAUGUGUCGUACGAUCCACUACUGGUGAUAGUCAGGAAUUUUGAUGUCCCAACAUUCAACUAUCCGCGUGGUCGAGCAGCUCUAAAUCAAUUUCUGAAUGUGCUGGAAGAGAAGGUAACGACCAAAAUUGUUGGGUCGCUCUUCCUUCUUUCAAACUACGACGAUGGAACGGUGUACUCUUGCAUGGGUCGAAAUCCAUUGGCCAUGAUUCGCAAGGUACCAAGCCUCCCGCCCCUCGAUCUUCCCCGCACCCUUGACCUCACCCACAAUCUCGCCUUCCAAACUGCUGUUGGGUUUACGCGCCCAGAAAUCGACGCCCUCGAUGAUGCCUUCAGUCACCUCGAGGCCCAGGAUGCCAGGCGUGUCCUCGAUAUGAUGGACGAGGAUUAUGGACGACGUUCUGUAUUCAGCGACCGUCUAGCUCGCAAGCAUCAAUGUCCACCUGACCCAGUCAAAGAGGCUUGGCAUUAUCGGGAAGAAGACCCAUUAGCAGGACUGGACACCUCCAAGGCGUUUGAAGGCAUUUACGGAGCCCAACUAAUAAUGAAAGUGCUUGCCCGCAAGUACGGUUUUCCCAACAUCUAUGGACGUUUAUAG